AUGGAUAUAGAUUUGAUUUUUUGGAGCUUCGUGAUUCCUGUGCUGCGAUUUCCCGUCUUCUUAGCAGUGAUCACUAGUACAUUUACAAGGCUAAAUCUCGAAAAGAUGUACCUUCCCUUGAUAGGGUACUCAGCAAUUGUGAGUUUCGCAGUAUGGUUGAACGAAUUUACAAAAACUAGAGGAAACUGGGUUUCUCUCGAUAGAAUUGACAAUGCUACCUGUGUUGUAACUGGUGGAAGCAACGGGCUGGGUUUAGCACUCGUGGAAACUUUUUUGGCUAGAUUCGAUAAGAUUAAGGUGAUAGUGGUAGAUGUCAACACACCGAAACAAAUAGAUCCACGCCUGACUUUCUAUGAAUGCGACCUCAACGAUCGUCUGAGCGUGGAGAGAGUACUUGCUUCAAUCAACGAGAACCACGAAAGAAUCGAUGUUUUGAUCAACAAUGCAGGCGUGAGGUCCAAAUACCAAAACUAUCUAGAUCUGCAAAGACAGGAUGUCGAUCGGGUCUUCCAAAUUAAUGUUUUUGCCCCGAUGCGCUUCGCGCAAGCUUUAAGCUCGAAGAUCUCUGGAAAGUCCCAAUUCUACUGCGUCACCAUUGCUAGUGCUUUGGGCGUCUGUCCCCCUGCUCGUGCGUCAUCCUACGGCGCUUCUAAAGCUGCUUCAAUUGCGUUCCAUGAGGCAUGGACACAAGAACUUAGCCCAAAUGGUAAAAUCCGGACUUUGCUUGUGACACCUGGACAGCUCCGUACGCAGAUGUUUGGAGGUUUCGAGCCUCCAAGACAAUUUUUCGCUCCACUCGUAGACCCUCACACGCUGGCGCAACGUAUAGUGGAGUGCUGCAGGUUGGGAGUGCGAGGGGAAAUCAGUGCACCAUUGUAUGCCAACUUCAUGGGAUUGAUGAGAAUACUACCCUAUACGCUGAAUUACUAUGCCCGCAAGAUCUCAGGAAUUGAUAGCAGCUUACCUGCGCACGAGGCAAAUUGA